AUGGCCGUCUUUGCUGUAUCGCGCACUUCUUUCUUUUUGAUGCCGCGAUACAGGCAAAAUCCAUCCUCGUCGUACUGGGCUAGACCAAGCCGCAUUGAUCCUAUGGCUCAUUGUGGUGACUCUGAUCCGGCGUUGAGUGGGCAUUGUAACGUUUUAAUGUCGGCAUCGGCUCUCAAGCGCUGGAUCCAGCCGUCAAAGAAUAUUUUGAUGUGGCUAUAUCACAAGAACAGCCAGGUUUCGAUUUUCGAUUCAACAAGCAUACACCCCGUCUGA